GCAUAAUGGGACAAGUCGUUAGUCGAUAAGUGCGAUGGAUGGAAUGCAUGACACGCAACCCGGUUGCGGAUAAAAGCAUUUGAGCUUUGAGUGCGAGUCACACACGGUUUUUGCUUCCAAGAUGCCGAUGGCGGCACUGAUUCUUUGCCUCUUGCUGAUCUUCACCUGCAGCCAGGCGGCGGCAGACAGUACUUUGUGGGGUCUUGACCAAUUGGGAGCUUACUUCAGUGGCAUCUUCCGGUCUGUAGUGGGUCCCCUCUUCGGCUUUGGACCAACAGCAAACAACACCGCCUCCGCCUUCUAAGCCUAGUUUCCUGCUUACCGCACCAGUCC